UGUUUUGUAAAGAAGGGGUGGAUCUGCUAAAUGAUGUUGGUGGAUCCUCUCAAGUAAUUCGGUACAGGGCAGACGUAGCCAUGGGGUUUGCAAAUCAGAAGAAACGAUUACUCCUGACAACUUUUAUGGUUAUAUGUAUAGCAAUCAGUGGACUUAGAUACCACGAAGACGGAGAUAUUCCCUUACUCAGGAUGAUUGUUGGAGAGCCUUCAUUGAAAGAAGCAAAAACUGCUUAUACAAGAAGAUUGCCUGAACAGUGCGAGUGUGAAUGCCAAACAGCUGAAUCUAACGCUAUUAAUACAGAGGAGGACUCACGCAAAGUGAUUCCAUACAUUGCCCCAGGGCCGUCUAAAGUACAAGAGCUGGUUCCCAUGAAAACACUGAAAAAGAGUAUUUCAUUGAGUGAACAAGAAGGACUGGUGUACCUCGAUCACACCUCUCUAAGCCAUUACUUCCAAUGCCAACAGAGAUCUAAAGCUCCAUUGGACAAUAAACUAAAUCAAAAGCAAUGCCACAAUAGGAGAUUUCUCAAAAAGGGACUGAUUACAGCCCUUGUUAGUUUCCAUGGUUCCGGCAACACUUGGGUAAGGUAUUUACUUGAACAAGCCACUGGACUUUUCAGUGGAUCAAUUUAUUGCGACCCUGUACUCAAGAAGAUGUUUCCAGGAGAGUCUGUUGCUAGUGGUAACGUUGUUGUCGUGAAAACACAUCGUUCAGACACAAGGGAGCUACCUAAAGAUGUGCAACUAGAGAUGGAUAAGAAGAAAUAUGACAGGGCUAUUGUUUUGGUGAGGGAUCCGUUUGAUGCCUUGGUGAGCGAAGCUAAUCGGAGGUGGAACAAUAAUCGCACGAUCAACAGUCAUGUGGGGCUGGCAGACGAGACUGCAUUUGUCAGCAACUCUAAGUGGGACUGGCUGGUGGAAUACAAGGCUGCUACAUGGUCGUUCCUCCUCCACACGUGGCUAGCACAAACAGAGAUACCUAUACACGUCAUUCAAUACGAACAGCUGGUCAAAAAUAUCCGACAAGAACUUGUAAAAAUGAUUGACUUCCUAGGGAUAGAGGUCACGGACACAGACAUUGAUUGUGCAGUGGAGAAUGGAGAAGGUCCUUUCAAGCGAUCUACACAUUUGAACUUUGACCCCUACUCAGUAGGAAAUAAGGAAGCUGUGAACAGAUGUAUAAAACAAGCAACACCACUACUAGCUAUGCAUGGCAUCACAUACGACCAAAAACAGAUCAAUUAGCUUUCCUUGAUAAAAUCGAUAUCAUUUCUGUACAGUACGAUAAAAAUCAUAAUAAUACCGGUAGAUGGAAGCUAGGCAUUUUAAAUU